AUGGCGCCUCCCUCAGGCCUACUGGCCGGCAAGACGGCCAUCAUUACCGGAGGAAGCACCGGGAUUGGCCGCGCCAUCGCCCUCGAAUAUCUCCGCCAGGGCGCCAACGUUGUCAUCAACCACCUCGGCCUAGAGAAGGACCAGCCGCAUCUCGACUCCCUCCUUGCCGAAGCCGAGUCAGCCCCGGGCCGCCUCGCUCACCAGGUCGGCGACAUCCGAGACCCCGCCACGUCCACCCUCCUAGUCGAGCAGGCCGUCCGCCAUUCCGACCGGGGACGCCUCGACAUCUGCGUCUCCAACGCCGGCAUCUGCACCUUCGCCGACUUCCUCGACCUGAGCCCCGACCUCUUCGCCAACACGGUCCGCACCAACCUCGACGGCGCCUUCUACGUCGUCCAGGCCGCGGCCCGCCAGAUGGCCGCCCAGACCCCCGCCGGCGGCAGCAUCAUCGGCGUCAGCUCCAUUUCCGCCCUCGUCGGCGGCGGCCAGCAGACGCACUACACCCCGACCAAGGCCGGCGUGCUGUCGCUGAUGCAGAGCACCGCCGUCGCCCUCGGGAAGCACAACAUCCGCUGCAACGCCUUGCUGCCCGGGACCAUCGAGACCCAGCUCAACGAGGAGGACCUCGCCGACGAGGCCAAGCGCGCGUACAUGGAGAAGCGCAUCCCUCUCGGCCGUACUGGCGUGCCUCGUGACCUUGCUGGCCCGGCCGUCUUCUUGGCCUGCGAUGAGCUUAGCGGUUACGUGACGGGGGCGCAACUAUUAGUUGAUGGCGGUCUCUUCGUCAACUUGCAGUAG